AUGACCGACGAAAAGUCCUCCACGGAGAACGUCACCGUGGUGACGGGUUUCCCGACUGUGUCCGAGAAGUCUGAGGAUUCGACCGAGCAGCUGAUCUGCAAGACACCUCAAAAGCCUCAGAAGCAGAAGAAAAGUGUUAAAAGUGUGAGUUCGAAGAGUGAGGGUGGUCCGAAGCGAGUGGUGGUUUUUUUGGGGUUGUCGCAAGUGCUGCUGGGGGCGUUGCUGGUGGGCGCGGGCGCCUUGGCCGUGGUCAAGGGAGCCUCGUUGUCGCGGGUGGGCGCGGGCCUAUGGGCGGGCGGUAUCGCCGUGGUCGCUGGCGUCGUGGGCGUGCUCGCAGGCAUCAAUGACUGCUAUGGGUUGAAUAAUACCUCAGGAAGUGGGUUACUGACAGCGUUCUUAGCUUUGUCGCUACUAUGCCUGGCCUGCGGGAACAGUGCCGCCGUGCUCGCCGCCACCGGCCUGCAGAGGGACUCGCUGCGACAGCCGGAACCACUUACUAGCUUCCAGGAUGAAAUGCAAGCAUGGACUCCCGUUCUGGCCAACAUAGCGCUGCUCAUCAUAGCAUCAGUCCACUGCUUAGUCUGCAUCUUCUCUAUCUACCACCUCUCCAAGCGAGUGUGCCCUUGCUUCAGACCGAAGCAAGCCUUCGACCACAACCAGUUCGACCCCAACUUCAAACCAGUGCAACCAUGCGUGUUCCAUGUGGACGAAAUAAAGAAAGCGCAAGAGGAGAAGAUGAGGGGUCACGAGCUUUGCAAGGAGUUGGAGGCCAAGUUACAAGGAGAUACCAUAAAAAAGAAAAAGGAAGAAUCUCCAGAGUAUGGCAGUGCGAAUAGCCGGGAGCGCCUCGUUACUAAAUGGCUGGGUCACCACCACGCGGUCGUGGCGCCCAGCACUGCCGUGCGCCCGCCCAGGAACAAGGGCGUGAGGAAAGGGAGGAAACCGCCCAUGAUGCUCGUCCCUGCACAUCCAGCUAGCACGCUGGGCCGAGUGCCGGUGGGCAUGAUGGUGCCGCCGCGCUACGCAACGCUGCCGCUGCCGCCCGCGCCUUACGGGACACAUAUCUUUUAUCCAAUGCCAGAGCGCCGUCGCCGCCGCUCCCCCCGGGCGCGGUCGGAGCGUAGGUCUCGUCGUCGCCAGGACGCCCAGCUCACCCGGUCCCUCGAGCGCAUUCACCGCAAGCGCGCGGACAGAGACCACCCCUCGCUGGACGACUUGAAGAGGACGUACACUGGAUUGGAUAGGGCAUAUGCAGAGCAGUUCAUCGCUGUAUGCGACGAGAGCAGGCACGCGGCGGAGCAGCACGACUCACUCGCCAGCACUGACUCCUCACAUUCUAACCAAUCACAUCAAUCCCAG